AGUACCAUAACUGCAACACGAAGGUGAAAAAGCAUUUCAGUGCAUCAGUAUUCGCUCUGUUUCAGCAGACUCCUGAAUUAGCAGCUUCUUCAGCUAUCCACUGAGUUUCUGGUCAUACCACAUCCUGUUCUGUUCGACAGCAGUUUAAACAUGAUAUAGCCAUUGUCCAAAGUGAGGAAACCGAACGCUUUCUAAGGAUAUUAGCGGUCCUUGAGCUUUGGCAGACGGGUGAGCAGAUAUGGUGGACAAGGUGCAGGUGUUGCCGUACUUCUUUGGCAACAUCACGCGAGAGGAUGCAGAGGAGUACCUGCGUCAGGGAGGAGCGGGGGACGGCCUGUACCUGCUCCGCCAGAGCCGCAGCUUCCUCGGCGGAUACGCUCUGUCCGUGGCCUACGGUCGCCAGUUCUACCACUACACCAUCGAGAGGGAGAUGAACGACACCUACGCCAUCGCCGGUGGCAAAUCUCACAGAACCCCCAUAGAUGUGAUCGACUAUCACUCGCAGGUGUCCGACGGGCUCGUCUGUCUGCUGAAGAGGCCCUUCAACCGGCCCCGCGGCACCGAGCCUAAAGUCGGGCCCUUCGAGGACCUGAAAGAGCAGCUCAUCAGGCAGUAUGUCAAACAAACCUGGAAUUUGCAGGGUUCGGCUCUGGAGCAGGCUAUCAUCAGCCAGAGGCCUCAGCUGGAGAAACUCAUUGCCACAACAGCUCAUGAGAAGAUGCCGUGGUUCCAUGGCAAGAUCGACCGCGAGGACUCGGAGCAGCGGCUGCUCAGGAGCUCACACGUCAAUGGCAAAUUCCUAAUUAGACAAAGAGAAAACAAUGGCAGAAACGUGUCCUAUGCACUGUGUCUCCUGCACAAUAACCAAGUCAUGCACUAUCGUAUCGACAAGGACAGGGCCGGCAAACUCUCCAUUCCUGACGGGAAGAAGUUCGACACACUUUGGCAGCUGGUAGAACAUUAUUCAUACAAGCCUGAUGGUCUGCUCCGAGUGCUAACUGAGACCUGCCCGAGACCAUCACAUAAUUCAGAGCAAGGUGCCACAGGUGGGAUUCUCUCCAGAAUCAAAUCAUACUCCUUCCCCAAACCUGGCCAAAAAAAGAGUACUGAAAAUCCCUAUAACAUUAGAUCAAACAUCAGAGGUGAACUUCCUAAUCCUAAUUUGUUAAACACAGAGGCUCUGCCAAUGGACACGCGGGAGUUUGAAAGUCCAUAUGCAGAUCCUGAAGAGCUGCGAUCAACGACAGUGAAGCGGAGCGACCUGACUCUGGAGGAUGGAGAGCUGGGCUCAGGCAACUUCGGCACUGUGAUGAGAGGAGUCUACCAGAUGAAGAAGACACAGAAGAUUGUUGCUGUUAAGAUCCUGAAGAAUGAUGAUAAUAAUGUGGCGGUGAAGGAGGAGAUGCUGCGGGAAGCGAACGUCAUGCAGCAGCUGGAUAACCCGUACAUCGUCCGUAUGAUCGGCAUCUGUGAAGCGGAGAACCUCAUGCUGGUCAUGGAGCUGGCGGAGCUGGGGCCGCUGCACAAGUUCCUCCAGAAGAACAAACACAUCUCUAUGAAGAACAUCACAGAGCUGGUUCAUCAGGUCUCUAUGGGAAUGAAAUAUCUGGAAGAGCACAACUUCGUCCACAGAGAUCUGGCAGCCCGGAACGUGCUUCUAGUGACUCAGCACUAUGCCAAGAUCAGCGACUUUGGACUCUCUAAAGCCCUGACAGAAGAGCAGAACUAUUACAAGACCAAAGGUCCUGGGAAAUGGCCGGUGAAGUGGUACGCUCCCGAGUGCAUGAACUUCUUCAAGUUCUCAUCUAAGAGUGACGUGUGGAGCUUUGGGGUCCUGAUGUGGGAGGCAUAUUCAUACGGACAGAAACCGUACAAGGGUAUGAAAGGAAAUGAAGUCAUCCAAAUGAUCGAGAGGGGAGAGCGAAUGUCCGCUCCAGCCGACUGCCCGCCUGAGAUGUACGACCUCAUGAUGAAAUGCUGGACAUACAAGCAGGAAGAGAGACCUGGAUUUUCUGUGGUUGAACCCAGACUGAGGCAUUACUAUUAUGAUAUUUCUCAGUGAUGAGCUAAACCAGAGCAUGUGCACAUUUAUACAGUAUUUCAGUUUGAAUCAUUUAGAGCAGUAACUUGUCUCAAGGUCUGUUUACUUACAGUACGCUCUAUUUUUGUUAGAAACUAUGUGAAUUGGAUUAAUAAGCAAUAAUAUUGCUUAUUGAAUGGUUGAUUUUUCUUCUAAUAGUGUGUUUGAUGCCAAGUCAGUAUUUCUUAUUAAUACACCUGAUAUAAUAAGAGCAGUACGGUUCAGCUGAAGGAUGAGCAGUCAACAUUAUUCUCAUUCUUGUCUCUCUCUUUCGGUUUGUAUACAUUUACUGGGUUUU